CUCUUGACAGGAGGUCACUCAUUCCCGUUUGUCUGCACUUGUACUUCUUCUCCAGCAUCUGCGGUGCACCUGAGGACACCAUGAUUUUGGGGGUGCUCUUGACCAUGGUUGGACUCAGCGGACUCAUAACUGGGAGCCCCAUUGUGACCGUCCUGCCUAAUGCUGCAUCAGAGAAUUCUGAGAAGCCAACUGCAGUGGUUGUAGUCGCGGAGGCAAUAGAGGAGGUGAUGGAGACCGGAGAGCUCAACCCGAAUCACUACCCUGCUCAGAGGGCAGCCAAGGUGGUCCAGCAUUACCUGAAUACCCUACACGGCUCACCAUUCAAAGUCUUUGGACUGCAGAAGGUCUUUCGGGCCUAUGCAGAGGCAAGUUAGUCUAAAAAUCAUAAGCUUGUGUGUGUGGCCUAAACUGAUGAGUGUUUUUUCUUCUAGGAUGUGCCUGGCUCUGGGAGAAAAUAUCAGCUGGAGCUCUCUGUGCAGGAGAUGGUUAAGAAAACCACAGCAAAGUGCGAGGCGGAGGUUAUAUUCCCUCGCAAGGAGGACCACCCUCCACUGCAGGUCCAUGUUUCAUCACACGAUGAACUCUUGAAGAACAAUGUGAGCCUUCAAGAAGAGACCUUAUUAUACCAGCAAUACAAAAGCAACCACAGCCUGCUAUUUGCACAAAACCUACCCGACAGUUACGGUCACAUUGAACCUGAGCACAUUCCUUUCUGGCACCUUGGAGCAGUAGCGUCCAGCUUUGUCAUGCUCACCGAAUCCACUGAAGACACUUUGUACAACAUGGCUCAAGUAGCCAACAUCACGCAGCUGGCAAGUGAUGACGACCCGCUGAAGUUUGAAUAUGACGUAUUGCUGCAUGAAAUGGUGUCACAGGAGAUAAUUGCGUGGAAGAUGCUGGUCACCUGGUCUCCUUCAGAGGGAGUUAAAGUACUGAAGAUGGAGAAGCGAGAAUACUCUGUAACUAACCUAAAAACUACACUCUUGUAAAAGGCACAUUAAUCCUCCACCUGAGUAUUGGAGUGAGGCUGGGAGUACUAAGCAACGUUAACAAAUACGGUAUAUAAAAUAAAAAAAAAUAAAAAAAACUU